AUGAAAUCUCCACCUCAUUUGGUUGAUGAACCUGUUAUUCCUCCACAAGAAUUAUCAGCUGCUCAGAUUGCUAAAGAUGCUGAAAAGACUGCUGAGAAUAUAGAAGCUAAAGCUGGUGGAGAAACAUUGAAAGAGACAUUCAUUGAAGGAGAGGUGCAGACUGAUUCAAGUGAAACUGAAAGAGAGAUUGAAGUUACACAAAUAGCACCUACUUCAUAUGUCAGUGGAAAGUUCAAGUUGAAGAAAACUCCAAAGAAAAAGAAAGUGUCAGACGAAGAAGAUGCAACAAAUAGCACCUACUUCGCCAAGUUGAAAAAGUUUGAGAUUGAUGACGAUGAUGAAGAAUUAAAUGAGUGGUUUGGUGAUGAUGACGAUGAAGAUCACCAAGAUGAUAAAGAUGAAAAUGAUGAUAAAGGUGACAAAGAUGAUAAAGAUGAUAAAGGAAAUGAUGAUGAAGAUGGUGCUGGUGGUGCUUCGAAUGUGAAAUCAACAGGUACUAGACAAGUUGAAGAUUUUCUAAAUGAUGAGCAGAAUAUGGAAAGGGAUGAAGCUCAACAUCAGGGGGAGUCUUCUUCUGGAACUAAGCAUUCUGAUCUUCAUCAGGUAAUACUCGAUAGCAUCGAGAUUCGAAAGAAUUCAGAGAGGAGUGCAAAGAUCACAUUCGAAAUGUCGAGCCAGAAUAGUGGAACCUCUUCAGCACAUUCAAGGAACAGUUGUAGGGAACGAAGGCCUUCAAUCGAAGCAACUCUUGUGCACUAUGUGAUGGCACUACGGGAAGCUCUCGAUGAAAUGACACCCAUAGAAGAAGUCCUAAUCGAUCGUAUUAAUUAUCUCACGGUGGGGCUAGAAAACAGUUUCCAAGAAAUCAAUCUCUUGCACCAAAGGUUGAACAUUCUUGUAACACCUCCCAUGGAAGCAAUCAUCCCCCAAGGAGAUUGGAACUUAGCUCAAGGAGUCAUUAACCCCACCGGGUGGGAUGGCAUCCCCACGGAACCUCCUCUUGACAACUUAUAA